GAGGCACCAGAAACCAGAUGCAUCACCUGCAGCAGCUCUGCUCCAGCUCAGAACUGCUUAACGUUUCUGUUUCAGUCCCUGCGACUGACUGGCAGUAGAUUAAAACCAUCAUUUCUGCUGCUUUAGAUGAAGAAUGGGCUGCGCGAUUUCAGGUCUGGCAACAAAAACGGAGUUUUCCCAGAGAGAUGGAGAGGAUGCUGCAGCCGCUGUGCGCCCCAGCGAGGAGCGCAUCCAGAUGAUCAAGGACUCCUGGAAAGUUAUUCGAGACGAUAUCGCCAAAGUUGGUAUUAUUAUGUUUGUCAGGUUGUUUGAGACCCAUCCCGAGUGCAAAGAUGUCUUCUUUCUGUUCCGAGAUGUGCAGGACCUGGAGAGGCUGAGGACAAACCGCGAGCUCAGAGCCCAUGGCCUGCGGGUGAUGUCAUUUAUUGAGAAGAUUGUGGCCAGACUGGAUCAGCCAGAGAGACUGGAGGCUCUGGCUGUGGAGCUGGGAAAAAGCCAUUAUCACUACAACGCUCCGCCUAAAUAUUACAAUUUCGUGGGUGCAGAGUUCAUUGGUGCUGUGCAGCCUAUCCUAAAGGAGAGAUGGACCCCUGAGCUGGAGGAGGCUUGGAAGAUGAUGUUCCAGUAUGUAACCAGCCUGAUGAAGCAGGGAUAUCAGGAAGAGAGCGCCCGACAGCGUGACCUGGCGGCGUCCCCAAAGGACAGACUGGACAAGAACACGGCUCUAUGAGAUCACAGAAACAGACUGUUUU